UGCCUGCAUCCUUUCAGGCUGUGGCUUGCAGCUUGGGCUGUUGCUCUGAGCACGAACUGGAGGAGACGCCGUGGAGGAGCUGCCUGAGACGAUCUCAGGAGUGAGCCUGGUGUCCUGAAGACGCAGAAGCGUUCCUGUUUCCCUCAUCGCUCCGACACAGCGCUUCAGUGAAGGAUUUCUUUGAAAACUUCUCUGAUCUCUUGGCAUCCACCCCUCUGCCUUCCGCAGAAAGCUCUGGUGCUGCUCCCAGCUGUGACUGCCUGUCUCCUCCUCCCGGCUCCCUCCGUCCACGUCAUCUGGCAGCCAAACUGUGCUAACGGUACUUAAAGUAAACAACCUGAGUAUCCCAGCUGGUUUGCUGAAGACAUCUGUGAUUCUUGGAGCUGCUGUUGUCUAAAUAAGAACCUGUCCUGGUAGUACUUGGCCUUCAACCCAGAAGCAUUCUCUUGGGUCCUGUAUGCAAGUCCAUGACAUACUGGAAACGAUGGGGAUUGGUAAGAAUACCACUUCGAAAUCAGUGGAGGCAGGAGGCUCAACAGAAGGCAAAUAUGAGGAUGAAUCCAAACAUCCCACCUUUUUCACUCUGCCUGUUGUGAUUAAUGGUGGAGCAACAUCGAGUGGUGAUCAGGAUACAGAAGACACAGAGUUGAUGGCCAUCUAUACUACAGAAAAUGGCAUAGCAGAAAAGAGUUCUUUGGCAGAGACACUGGACAGCACUGGCAGUUUAGAUGCUCAGAGAACUGAUAUGAUUUACACUAUUGAGGAUGUUCCUCCGUGGUAUCUCUGCAUAUUUUUGGGGUUACAGCACUAUUUAACAUGUUUCAGUGGAACUAUAGCAGUUCCCUUUUUGCUAGCUGAUGCCAUGUGUGUUGGAUUUGACCAGUGGGCCACCAGCCAGUUGAUUGGGACCAUUUUCUUCUGUGUGGGCAUCACUACGUUGUUACAAACAACUUUUGGAUGCAGGUUACCCUUGUUCCAGGCGAGUGCUUUUGCAUUCUUAGCACCUGCUAGAGCAAUACUCUCCCUGGAGAAGUGGAAAUGUAAUAAUACAGAUGUAACUGUUACAAAUGGAACAACAGAACUGCUUCACACUGAGCACAUCUGGUAUCCCAGAAUACGAGAGAUCCAAGGUGCUAUUAUUAUGUCCUCACUGAUAGAAGUGGUGAUUGGUUUGCUUGGCCUUCCUGGUGCCCUGCUGCGAUACAUUGGACCUCUGACCAUCACACCAACUGUUGCUCUCAUCGGCCUCUCUGGUUUCCAAGCAGCUGGAGAAAGAGCAGGCAAACACUGGGGUAUCGCUAUGUUGACUAUUUUCCUCGUAUUGCUGUUUUCUCAGUAUGCCAGAAAUGUCAAAUUUCCCUUACCCAUUUACAAAUCAAAAAAAGGAUGGACGGCAUAUAGACUGCAGCUUUUUAAGAUGUUCCCUAUAAUUUUAGCUAUCUUGGUGUCGUGGUUGCUUUGCUUCAUCUUCACUGUGACAGAUGUCUUUCCCCCCGACAGUUCCAAGUACGGCUUCUAUGCCCGCACGGAUGCCCGGCGAGGAGUGCUCUUAGUAGCUCCGUGGUUCAAGGUUCCUUAUCCUUUUCAGUGGGGACUGCCAACAAUUUCAGCUGCUGGAGUUAUAGGAAUGCUUAGCGCAGUUGUCGCAAGCAUUAUUGAAUCAAUAGGGGAUUACUAUGCCUGUGCCAGGUUGUCUUGUGCUCCUCCUCCUCCCAUUCAUGCGAUAAACAGAGGAAUUUUUAUUGAGGGUCUCUCCUGUGUUUUGGAUGGAGUAUUUGGGACAGGGAAUGGAUCCACUUCUUCCAGCCCUAACAUUGGUGUCCUGGGCAUCACAAAGGUUGGAAGCCGCAGAGUUAUUCAGUAUGGAGCAGCUUUCAUGCUUUUGCUUGGGAUGGUUGGCAAGUUCAGUGCUCUGUUUGCAUCCCUGCCUGACCCCGUGCUUGGUGCCCUCUUCUGCACUCUCUUUGGGAUGAUUACAGCUGUGGGUCUGUCUAACCUCCAGUUCAUAGAUCUAAAUUCUUCUCGCAACCUGUUUGUGCUUGGAUUUUCCAUUUUCUUUGGACUUGUCCUUCCGAGCUAUCUCAAACAGAAUCCAUUGGUGACAGGAAUAGCAGGCAUCGAUCAAGUAUUGAAUGUUCUUCUCACUACAGCCAUGUUUGUUGGUGGCUGUGUUGCGUUUAUUUUGGAUAACACCAUUCCAGGAAGCCCUGAAGAAAGGGGAAUACGGAAAUGGAAGAAAGGAGUUGGUAAAGGAAGCAAGUCACUGGAAGGCAUGGAGACAUAUGAUUUGCCUUUUGGCAUGAACUUCAUCAAAAAAUACAGGUGUUUCAGCUUCCUGCCCAUCAGCCCAACCUUCAUGGGUUACACAUGGAAAGGCUUCAGGAAAAGCAGUAACUGCAGGAGUUCAGAUGAGGACUCAGAAGCUACAGUAUAGCCUUAGUUGAAACUAUAUUAUGUAGUUGUAGUAAAAGAUGUAUUUGCAGUUUCUUGCUGAUUAAGAAGCAUUAAAAUAUAUGUUUUGUAUAUCUGCAUUUAAAUUCUGGAACCAGAGCUGAGACAGAAUUUUAAAAAAAAAAAAAAAGAGAAAAAGCUUUCCUGUUGUGGGUGGUGGUAGCCAGAUAUAGUGUCUCUGUUGGAUUUCUUUUCUUCCUUUUGUCCAAAGCUAUAGAUACCUGCGUGCCCAAGUCUGCUUAUUUUAGAUGGGACUUAGGUUCCUGAAGUAUGUAGGUGCUUGAGAAUGUUACUUUUUAUGGUGAUUUUAUUUAAGUCAUUUAUGCUGGCAUUUUCGGCUCGCUCAUUGCUGGCAAUGUUAGUCAUGCCAGAAAAUCUGAAUCCUAAUAAUAAUUCUAAUUAUGCCUAAUCAUGUCUGUUUUGUUUCUGACCACUGAUUUGCACAUUCCAUAGUUUCAGAUCCCUGGAAACCAGACUUAGUUUAAACUGGCAAAUCCUAAGAGUAUUUUUCAGAUGGCUUGAUGGUUCAGUCAGAUGUCCAGCCUUACGACAGAAGUUUCCAUAAGAACUCUGCCUGUGAAAACUCUGAAUGACUUCUGUUGGCUUCUUGCUUUAGAAAGAAUCACUCAUGUCGUAUCGCAUUUUUAAACUGUUCCAUUUUCUGCCUGGCUUCUUAACCACCUAACUACUGUCCAGGAGUAGGUUUUCUUUGAAGGGAUGCAUGUAGCUUGACUUUCGUAGAGAUGGGAGACUUAACUUCCAGGUGGGACCUGAUAGCAGGUCUGACAGUGAAGUGAAUGGAUGCAGCCAGAUGUUUCCUAAACAAGAAGGCUACAAAAGGGGUUCAGAGGGAUUCACACCUGUGUGCACGUGAUCAGAGUGCAACCAGCAUUCCCUGGUAUGCGUCUGUGCAAGAUUUCUUGUUCGGGUGUCGAGAUCCAGUGCUGCCAAUGAUUGGCUUCUGUUGCACUGCCUCUCUUUUUUUCCUCUUUGUGGGAUUACUGUAAAAGCUCGCUACUUCUACAGAGGUGGUCUUGAAUGGCAGAGACACUACAUUUGAUGUCCUCAUCCACUGGAUGGUUUAACGGGUAUUGGGUCCAACCAGGGCACCAUUCAGAGUUUUUUUUCCUGGAAUAGUCUCAGCUCUGAUGUUAUGUGAGUGUUCAUGCUCAUCAUGCGUUCAUAAUUAAAAGUUUCAUUCAUGUUUAAUGUUCUUACUAUUGCAAGUUAGUUUUAGACUUCGGUGUGGCCCCAAAAGCAUUUUUAAGCUGUGGAGAUCAUCAGGGAAAUGUAGUGUAAUGUAAUUUCAAGGCCAGUAUGCUCUACAGUGCUUGCGUUUUGUGUUCCUGGAGAAACGUAAGAGUAGAUCCUGUAAUUCAGUAAUAUAUUUAUCGAGGUUUGACUACUGGACAGGAGUGCAGGAACUCUGCUUUCUGAGUCUACUUCCACGUGAAUUUGUUAUUGGUUAUUGAAGCAUGGAGGGGUUGGGGUGGGGAGGGCAAGGAAGGAGCUUUAUGGAUCAGUGCUGAGUAGUGUAGGAUUGGAAUGGUUCCAUGGACAUCCUUUUUCAGCAUGUCAUGGCUGUUUCCAGAAACAUAAAAUAAUGCUCUUUUUUUUUCCAUAACAAAGCAUGUGUUUGUUCCUGCUCCAGGGAACUUUCAGUAGUUUGCAGUCUUUGUGUCAGUCGGUCUAUUUUGAAAGCUAGUCAGAAGAGUUACUGUGUCAUAGACAAGGUUGGUUUGCCUUUAAAACUAAGUCAUUUUUGUCAUUUGAAAUUCUCCUCUACAGGUAGCGAGAUGUUAGAUUUUCACAUCCACUUACAAAUAGAUUUGAAUGUGGAGACUUGUGAUUAGUGGCUCAGAGCUUCCAAAUUUCCCAACUUCACCUGCAACCAAAGAUGUGUGAGAGAGAUAGAGGAGUUAAAAUAAAUGGGCAAGGAAACAACGGAAAAUCCAGUUGUGUAUGGUGGUUAUUGUCAGGUAAAAUGCCAAAGUUGAUUGUCAUAAAAAUGUUGAAAGAGGCAAAGGUUUGGGAUUCAGCGCACUGCCACCUCUUAAAUGCUGAAGCGCAUCACUUCCAGUGAUGGGAGCUGAGCACAGCAGUGAUUGCUGUGUCCUGAGGCUUUGCUCAACUUCCCCCCCAGAUAUGAAUGCUUACGCAUUGAAGAGACGAGGCGAUGAGAAAUAGUGAUCUUCUCUCACCUUUGGAGGGAGUGAAGCCUUUGUGUUCUGCGCUGUCUUCACUUGAGCAUGUCAGAAAGAACCACCAGCGUGAUUUGUGGGUUAAUUUAAGGCAAUGAAUCCAAGGAUUUUCUUCCUUCUUCCUGGGGCAGAACACCACCCCUCUCCAGCGGCCUGGGCCAGGCUUAUCCAAAGAGAUGAAUCCAGAUGACUCUAUCCAACUUGGGUUUAAUUCUUUCUCAGCUUUUGGUUCUCCCAUACUGAUUCUGUGGGCUGGCUGAGAAGCGCAGUAGCAUUUAGCUGGCAUGCUUUGCUUUUCUAGCCACUUAACUCGGUAACACUAAGAUAAAUAGUUGUAGUUAGCAGUCAUUUUUGUAACCAGAUUUGUAUUGUGUGUAACGACACUGUCAGUCUUACUGCAAAUAUGAAUGAUGAGAGGUGAGCCUCAGUUUUGCAAUGGAGAUCUGCUGAAGCAUGUGUAACGUAUAGCAAAAAGUGAUGAUGGUGUCGGUGAUGUUUCCCUGGAUGUGCAGGUUCUGAUGCAGCUGCUGCACCCUGAAUCUUUAUAUUGAAGCAUGCAUCUCUGUAGAGCUUUGAGGCAAGCAAAGAACAGAGCUGACAGGCAACUUGCCUUGGAAAGAGAAACUCCUCUUUGUGAUGCAGCUGGAGCAGUCCCAGGGCUGCCACUCAGAGAAGAUGCAGUGCAAUGCAAUGCUUGCUUUCCUUUGUGAGGGAGGCACUGAAAUUGCCCCCGUUUUUGUGCAAGUGGCAGGCAGUCGCAGACCCUAAAUAUUCCUCCCACGUCCACUUUUCUACAUUUGAGUCUUGGCGUGGCUGGUGUGAAAUGCCCUUCGCUGGAGGAGCGCGGGUUGAGCUGCAGUGCAGCAGUUGCUGCUGGUUUGAGGAGCACUUCGCUCCUUUGUGUCAGCCGUUCCCUUCUGGGCUUCGGAGCGGGGGCGGCUGGUGUGGCUCACAGGUGACUCCACGUGCAGUGUUGUGUUUGUCCCAGUCUGUCACUGCCUGCCUUUCAAACCGCAGUGCUGAGCAGAGCUGCAGCAGAGAGCACCUGGUGGAGGAGCGAAGAGGCAGUGAAACGUUUCGGCCAGACGUUGAGGUGGAAGGGCAAAUAUUCAUGGUAGAAAUAUCAUCUUGUCAUAUCAGAGAUGGUUUAAAACGUGUGCAGAAGGACACGGCUUUGGACUUUUGUAAUCGAUCUUGUAUUUUUUUUUUUAAGGUUAAAUUAAGGAUUGUUGCUAACAUGUUGAAACACGUUUUUCUAAAGCAAGUAUGUGCAAAUUAUACCUAUGGAAAUUCAGGUUUCACAGCGAGCUCGGCUGUGACCGAUUAUGUUGUCAUAUUGGAUGUGUUGGCGGAGGGACGCGAUCGGUCACCUCCUCAAAGUUCAACCUUUAAACCCAGAAUUUGCUUUAUGCCUUUUAAUACUGACUUGAAAUAUGACAACUUGGUUUGUACAUGAAUAUUGCAGUAUUUUAUUUCCAUAUAUUAAGAAUAACAUUUCCACUCAGGAUAAUGACUGCGGUUUUCCUGGGAGGGAGUGGUAUGAUUGUCAUGACAAUGUCAUGUGAUGGUAGAAUUUCUUCAUUGACGAACCUAUAGUAGUUGUGUAUACUUUAUUUACCCAUCUUUAUGUUCCUACCGAAAACUAAAGGGUUCCUUUGUUCAUCUCCCUACUGAGAUCUCAGUACUCCCGGCGCAGAAUUGGCUCCUGCAAACUGAAACCCUCAGUGCUGUUUGUCCCACAGCCGUGUGUCCGUGACGGGAGGCGUCCAUCUGUGCACAAACAGCACUGCAGGCAGACGUGGUUUAUAACAGCCAGCUUCCAGUGGUUUCACUUAGCCACUGGAUGUUCACAGCACCUGAUACAACCUGUGCUUAACGUGACUUGUGUAUCAGCAUAGAAAUGCAUGUGACAGACCAGCACAACCCACAGUGUUUCUUUGAUGUGGCCUUCUUAAACAAAAUCUGCCUCGCUCAGCAGGUCGCGUUUUCUUUCUUCCCCAGCCUGUCCCACUGGGGCACGUUUUGUACUGUUCCUUGCCAAGGCCAACAGCCUUUCUGGGGCAUGGGAUGGCAGACACUCAGUGCUCUCAUGUUUCUGUAGCUACAACAGGUCAUUACAGUGUUGGAGGAGGCCACAAGUUUGCCAGUGUUCAGCUUCUGCCCGUGAGUCCAUCCGGCUGAGUGCUGGGCUGCACUGGGGAUCUGUGUUUAGAAACAUCCCAGUAUUCCUGUCUAGUUCUAAUUCGACUGUGACUGUGCAUUGUCAUCCAUACAUACUGAUAUGAGAGAGAGAUUUAGAAUUGCCUUGUGUGUUAUCUGGCAUUUAUGACAUCUUUCCAGGUCAACCAUCUUGCUGCCAGUCCAAAUUAUUGUACUUUGUCUCUUUAUGACAACCUUGGGCGUAACAAACUAUUGACAGUUCUUAGGCAGUGGGGAUAAAUAUUUCUUUCUUUCUCAUGAUUUUUUGUGACUGACUUUGGCUGUAAAACUUCUAUGUUAAGCAAGAGGGUUUUUCUUCCUUUUUCCCUCCUUUCCCCCCUUUUUUUGUUGUUCUGAGAUGUGUAAUUCUUUUAUGGAGUUUUUUUAAUUUCGUAUUUUUUUUCUAACAUGGCUUCAUUAAACAAAUAUUUAAAAAUGUAAUAUUUGGACCAGAUGUUGUGAAUAAUAGUAGAUAAAGCUAUUUUAUUCUGUAUUUUUAAAGCUGUUCAGUAUAAAUAAACACGGGCAUAGAUGCAA